UGUGCAUGUCCCCAUUCACGUUUCUGAGAAUAUUCUCAAGCUUUCUCAGCUGCAAGCACAAAAUGGUUUCUACUAUUUGUUAACUAGGUCACCAGAACAAGUCAGCUCACAAGCAACUGACACACGUUUGAUGCUUCAAAGGAAAAUAUGGAGCUGCAAAAAUCAUUUCAUGUAAUAUUUUGCAGGAUCCUCAGCUGCUGCAGGAGAAGCUAGUGGAUUUCAAGUGUCACUCAUGUCAUGUGACUUUGAGGUAAUUAAUUUGUGUCACUCACCUGCCUGUUGCCCUCCUGCGGGGAGAUUACUUUAGUUUAAUUUCACAGAUGCAGGUAAGAAUGAUUAAGUGAAAGAGAAGUAAGCUGGGCUUUGCUAUAUAUGCCCCUCUGCUCUUGUUGAUUUUGUUGCACUGAUGAAGAUGGGACAGACUGCAACCUUACCCUGCAGAAAAGGUGGUACCUACGUCACCGAGCUUUAUGAAUGGUUCAGGAAAUUCCUGAAUGAGUGUCCCAGUGGACUGAUCACUCUUCAUGAGUUCCGACGUCACUUCUGCAAUGGAACCGUGGGAAAAGAGUCAGCGGAGUAUGCAGAGCAGAUAUUCCGCACGCUAGAUAACAAUGGGGAUGGAGUUGUGGACUUCAGAGAAUAUGUGACAGCUAUCAGCAUGUUGAUUGAGGGCACGACGGUGGAGAAACUGCGCUGGUCAUUCAAACUCUAUGACAAAGACAAAGAUGGAGCCAUCACACGGUCAGAGAUGCUUGAAAUCAUGCAGGCUGUGUACAAGAUGAGCGUUGCAGCAUCACUGACCAAACCUAAUCCUCUGACUGCUGAAGAGUGCACCAAUAGGAUAUUUGUACGGCUGGACAAAGAUAACAAUGCCAUAAUCAGCCAAGAGGAAUUCAUUGAAGGCGCGCUGAAUGACGAAUGGAUCAGAGAGAUGUUGGAGUGUGAUCCAAACACAGUGAAGAUGGAGAGGCCUCUCAAAGGCCAUGCAGUACUGUAAAGCUGUGGGUCUAUUAUUCAUGGCUGUUGUUGCAGCAUUGACUGUGAUGGGGCUGUUAUGAAUGCCUUAAAGAUGAGAAGUUCAUAUUAUGCAUUAUUCAGUAUAUUUAGUUUAAAUAAUGUAGACCUAUAAAUGAACACAAUGACACUCAAAUUAGUUCUACUUCUAAUAUUAUUAGACGUAUAUUACAUGUAUAUUUAUGUCAUUGAUUUUUUCAGUACUGAAAAAUCAAAUCAUUACGUAUAUUUUCUUUUUCAAUGUGAAUUUACAAAGGACAUCUAAAUAGCAAAAUAUUAGAUUUUUAUAAGGCUAUUUUUUCAGAAUAAAUACUUCACUGCCCAUCACAGUUACU